GAUUGAAUCGUCUUCAAGCUUCUCGUCUCUUGCUCUAGUUUCUCAUCCCCUGCUCUAGUUUCCCAUCUCCUUGCUUUGCUGAUUUCUCACCCCCCAAACUCUCUUGUAUCCCAAUUUGUAUCCAAAUAUCGAUAUUGAUCCGGUUGUUCAUCCCAUCUUUCUAUUUGGGUCAUGACAAUUUGGUAUCAGAGCCGUCUCCACGCUCUCCCUGUGCACACACUACCACGUACCUCAUUUCCUGCCUAUCACCCGUUCGACGAAAUGUCUGGUACUGUGUUCGAUCUACACAUGCGCUCGCUGAUUGAGCUGAAGCAGACAGGAACUGUGGCUGAGUACACGGCGGCGUUCUGGGAGCAUCUACACCCUGUGCUGGAUCUCAACCCCAACCUCAACAUCAAGGGUUUCGUCCACUGGUAUGUUGAGGGCCUGCGUGAGGAUAUUCAGGCAGUGUGCGGCCACGUUCUCCUUCCAGCAUCACCAGCGCAUCGUCCCUUGCUCGAAUAAGGGAGGACAAAAUCGUGGAGAAUACAAAGAUGGGUGGCAACAAGCUGGGCGACAGCUGUCUCUGGCCUGAGGAAAACUUGACCGACGUCUUCCCGGAGCUCGCUGCUCCAGUGCAAUACAGGGCAAGCCACGGCAUCACCACCAUCGACGCCAGCUGCCGUGCUGCUCUGAUGCCUACCACAUGCUCGAUGGAGUGCCCGAGCAGCGAUGCCAUUGUCCAUGUCUUCCCCAUGCUCGCUGCCUCGACGGAGAGCAGCGAGGACCUUGACAUCAUCAGUGUCGCUGUAGUGACACCCGCUACCUGCUCGACUGAUGGCCUGGCACAUGGUCGAGAUUGCGACAGUUCCGUGGUGGUGCUCCUGGUUCAAUGUAGUGUGAUACCAUCCUCCACAAUCCCUCCAGAAGUCACACAAUUCCCACGAUGGCGGCCAUCUUUCAUCCUCAAGCUGGAUACCAUGGCGCCGAAAAGGUGUUUGACCCCAUGCUUGGACCACCAGAUCACCAUGCUAACAUCCGUGCUUCCGCUGGAUGUGAUUCCGAGUAUCAAGCAACAAGGGUUGGUGCUCAGACCGUCUCCAUGGCCUUCGUUCUUUGGCGAGCAUACAAGUACAACUUGUAAUGGCACCGCCGAACCACCACCGAGAGCCGCUACUGCCAUGAGGAUGGAUGUGAUUCCCUAUUUGAACUUGUCGCUGCUCCCUUUUACACUUGAGGCGUUCUGGAUGUUCUCGCCUAGGAGCAGACAUGCAGGCCCAGUUGAGCACUGUGAAGCACCACCUCUCAGGGGCUUGUACCUCUGGUCACAGAGACUAUGUAGGAGGAUACUCACUGCACAAAGGUGUCCCAACGGGAGCAUGUUUUCUGGCCUUGGACUGAAAAUCAGUUGAUGCAUAUAGGACUGGCACCAUGGUUGUCUCACGAAAUUUUCGUGGAAGCUGCACUUUGUACAAAAGCUUUCAGCAUAAACCAAGAUGUUAUUCAAGCUGUAGACAUCUUGGUAUGUUCACUAUACUGGCUUCAAAUUAUGGAGAAUUUAGUUGCUGCGAGACAGACAUGUUGUGGGACUGAGCAGUUGGACCUGAUGCACGUGCAUAACUGUAUAAGGAUACUAGUGGAAUCGAAGCCUUGGCCUUCUUUGGAAGUCAAUUAUUGUUGUGACACCAUGGCUUUCUUUAGAUGGUGGUUUCUUCAGAAUGCAUUCUCAUUAAUAAUUUCUUGCACCGCAUCAAAUAUGCUUCAGUUAUUGAGUCAUCUCUCAGACUCUCCUAGUAGUAUCCUUGUAAAUGCUCUGCAAAAUUCUAGUGUGAUGUGGUACUUGGCUGCUGUGUUCAGGAGGUUUAAGAAAUGUUGGCCUCAUACUCAAGUUGAUCAGAAGACAGUCAGUGUAUUAUUUGAAGGUUACAGAGAGUUCCUUGAUAGCAGUGAGCCAACUCAACUUGAUUAUCUUCUACCACUGGCUAUACCUUCUGAUGGUAGAGAAGGUUGUGCAACCACGGUCAGCUGUGAAAAUUGUGCUUGGUUCCGUGCGAGAGGAGCUAAAGUAGUGCUCAACUGCUACAGUUUCAUGGUAAGAAAUGAAUAUAGAACUGGGUCUACAUUCUGUGUAGCAACAAGGAAUUGUGACACCUACCUGAAAACGUCAUUUCUGAAGUUUGAUAGCAUUACUGACCAUCUUUGUUAUACCAUGAUUACCAGUCAAUGUUACGUAUUACUAGUGCCAAUGCAAAGUUUGAUGGUAGGCCAGUGCACCUAUGGUGGAGAUAAGUUGACUACAAUACUGGAAAGAUUGACAGUUUGCUGCAGGUGGAGGGCAAUGAGUCAAAAUCAAGAGGUGCCAUGCAAGCGAAUGAAUGAAGAGGAAUCAGAUUGGGUGUUACAUGUUUUGUCCCAGUCUAGCUAUCUUGGUAUGAUCAGUAUGAUGGGAGCUGCAUUGAAUAUAUUACCUAGCAUGUUCCCUGUUACUAAAGGCAUGAAAACAGAGGGGAAUAUUAGGCAAUUAUUGAGGGGCUCAGAAAUUCUCAGCACAUAUUCUCUGAAGGGCUGCAAGAAUUCACCAUUGCAACUGAUUGAUACUUCCUCUCUAGGAAAGAUUUGGUUUGCCCAUGAACUCAACGAACCAUGGCACCCUGGAAUGUUUUUCUCUUCAUGUGCAAUGCUGUCAUUGAUGGUUCACUUUGUGAGGAGGACUAUACGUGAUGGAUCUUCUUCAGUUAAGAAAACUUGUGAUCUCAUUAGACCUAUAUAUCACUUGAAUGAUGGACAAGGCACCAGAAUAUCUGGUUAUGGCAACACAGACGGAGAAUGCCGAUUUUCGGCGUGUUCCAUCAGUAUCGACGCAGCUGAAGUAUGAUGGUACUGAUUAUCACUUGGAUCAUAUUCUAAAUGCACAAAUUUGGGCACUGCAAGCAAAGCAUCAUCUAGAUAAGGUCGGUUGGCUGAACCUCUUGUUGCAGCAGCAUGUUGGUGGGCUUUCUCCAUGGGGUCUGGGUAGUGUCUGCUUGGUGAACAUUCUUGGAGUUGUCGUUAAGCUGCAAGUGCCAUGGGAUCCUGGAGUUCAUUCUUUUCUUGGCGAGUUUGUGGCAUCGGCCUGUGGUCAAGCCGAUUCUCGAGGGGAGGCGAAUGUCAUGACCGUGGCCACAGAGAAGCCAAUAGGCCAAGUCAUGACAUGGGCUGGGGUCGGACCUGGGCUUGAGCUCACGGGAGUCAAAGGGGAGAAUUAUAAAGGAAGCAACUGAGAUGAGAAAGCUAGCUUGACUGGCCCCGACGCUUCGUCGACUCCAUGGCGAGCGGCAGCCGCGUCGUCUGAGCGCCAGCACGUUCCCGUCGCUGAUGGUGCAGGAAGCAGCCCCGCGCCGCCCAGGUUGUGCACGACCGCCAUCCUACUCCUCGGCCGCGGCGACGACCCAGCUUUCGUGGUUGAGCAGCGACUGGUGGCGUGAGUGAAGUUGUUCUGAUGCGGGGAGUUGGGCAUGGAGGACUGCAUAGGCAGGACCAACGAGCAGGCCGUGCGUCUUUGGCGGGGCAGGAGGGGCCAGAGAGUAUGGGCUACUGGCGCCGACAACAGGUACGUCCGCAGAGUGCUCCAGGACCUCGACAUUAAGCAGGCCCACCUCUACCUCUGCCCAAGACCCAGCAGAACUACAAAUUCCUUCAAACUCUUCAGAAAAAACUGGAUACACUUUUGUUGAAUGGAUUGAUGAUGAAUUAUCUCAAGUUCUGAAGCACAUUAAUACUGCUUUCAUAAAAGGGUGAAACUAGCAGUACUGAAAACAAACGCAUGGGUCUCCAUCUAGGCAAGAAUUGUCAAAGAAAAGGUCAAUAUUAUUGGUGAGUGAUGACACUAGCAGUAUUGAAGUAAAUAGUGCGACUACAGACAUGUACCAAGAAUCAAGAUAUCCCACCAGGUAAACAGAACCCUGUUGAUUCUUUAAGCUGAUGAUUAGUUCAACUUUUACCAUUGUGUUGACUGAUUGAUCUUGGUGAUUGGAUAGCUAGAUAUGACGAAAUUGUUUACUCCUCUGUCUUUUUGUUGAAACUUCGGUUUAGUUGCUACACCAGUCAUCCUAGAAUGCCAAUAUGUUCUUUCUCAAGGAUAAAAGUUUUGUCUACUUAUAUUGGUAUGGAUCACAUCAUAGACUAAUUAUUUAAGCUCUUACAUAAGUUUUAUGAAGUGCUACAUGUAUUGUUUGUUUGGUCUGAUAGCCAUUUUACUCUACCACGAAUUAUGCACUACAUUUCAGAAAUACGUUGAUCCCCUUAAUUGGAGUUUAAGAUUAGUCUUCAUCUGACCAGCUAAAUUAGCGAGCACUUAUUCAUUGCCGUCAGAAAUAAACACGCAGAAAGGUCACACAUAUGAGUACCUGUUAAGGGUGGUAAGAUGGAGAAAAUGUUUAGUCAUGUAUCAAUCCCAGAUUUACUUCUCCGGGUUAAUUAGGUGAGACCUUACCGAUGCUUUUUGUGUUGGCAGAUUCUCUCCUUAAGGGUCACAUGAUUUUAUUUCAGGACAGCUCCUUGAGGUGUCACAUGGUUUCCUUUCGUAUGUUAUAUACCAGAAGCUAUGUAGUGUGGCAUCUCGGUGCUUUCGUUUCAGAUUUCUAGGUACAGUAACUUGGGUAGUCCAUGUUGUUGCUGAUACUUCUGUCAAGCGUGGUACGGAAUACAGUGCUCAAAAGCACAGGGAACUUCAUAUGCACCAUUCUAUAUAUAUGUUGAAUUAAGAUGGAAGCAAAAAACUUUUUUUUACUCUUCUAAGUAUAUACUUGGAUAAAUCGUGAUAUAUUCCAAGUUCAUUUAAAUCGAUCCUAGAAACAAAUACAUGGUGUUUCUGUAAGGGAGUAGGAAAUAAAUAUUGUGUACAUAACAACACUUGUGAGACUGCUUUCUUCUUUUUUCCCUGCACAAGUAGAUCUUACGAAUUUUGUUUCAAAGAAGAAUAUCUAGCACAGUUCUCGCAAGCACUGACUGUACAAGUCAGAAAGGAACAUGAACUAGAGCCUCAUUAUACUUCUACUUUGAGAGAUCAGGUUUGUUUCUCUUCGCUUUUGUACAUACUCAUACUCUCCUUCAGAUGUCAUGUUUUUUCUCUGUAUUAAAUUAGUUUGGAAGAUGAUCUGCUCUGGAUUACGAGUGUAACGUCUUGGUUUGUCUGAUACUUUCUGUUAGCAGUUACCAGUGCACACUUAGUCACGUCAGCAACCACCAUCAGGAUUAUCUCUACCAUUCGUUUCCAAGAUGAUGGUCUAUGGUGAUUAUUUUCAUUUGUAAGAUGUGUGUGUGUUUCACGGACAUUGGUAUAGGUUAGUGUUGUUGCAGGUUCUACAUUUUUUGGUGUCGGGUGAAGGAAUUGGAUCCUUCUUGCAGGUUCUGUAUUUCUUAAUCAAUUAUUCUGUUCUUAAUUCUCAACAUAUGCAGCACUUUAUCCUGUCAAGUUUCCAUGAACUGAAUGUUCCAUCAUCCAUAAUCUGAUAGCAUGCUUAUUCGUGCAUGGAGUAUGUGAUAUUGAAAUAGUUGCGAUUGGACAGAACUUAUGCUGAAUGUUUAAAAUUUUCUCAAAGAAUCACACAUUAAUUUUUUAUUUUCAUUGGUGGUUUCAACUUACCAUGCACUCCUCAAAUGUUGAUAUCUCCAGCUAUAUAAAAUGUUACGUAUAGACCUUCAACACAUUAAAAGUACUCCUAUGUGCAUCAGGUCAAUUAUUUUUGCUUAAUAGCCAACUUAUGAGGGAUAAGUUCUGUUAUGUAUUUGCUUAAUAGCCAACUUAUCAGGGAGAAGUUCUGUUAGGUAUAGCCCUUCAACACAUCAAAAUUACUCAUAACUACAUCUGGACAAUUAUUUUUUUCCUUAAUAGCCAACUUAUCAAGGAUGAAUUAAUUGUUGUUCACACGUUUUAGAUAUUUGUCGAGAUCCUAUCAUUAUUUCAAGUCAGCUUAGAAGC